AUGGUUUCGAAAUCUCAAAGUAAGGAGGCUCAAGUGUCAAAAGGUCAAGGUAAGGACAUUGCAAUUUCAAAGGCACAAAUGGGUGAAUCCAAAUCUAUUCCAAGCAAUCCCGCAAAGAAGAUGAGAUUUACUUCAUCUUCCGAGAAAGACCCAAGCUCUGCGACAUUUGAUGAAGUGACGAAAUCGACUUGUGGUAUCAACACAAUGAGUCGUAUUGUGAAGAGGAAAAUCCAGAAGAUUAAGCCUGUGAUUGAGUACAAUAAAAGUGGCAGAUCACAUGGCAAGGCUGCUAUUGAGAUGCAGAGUUACAUUGGUGUUUUGGCACGAACCAAAGUCCCUCUUGUGGACAAGAAAUGGACUCAAUUGCCCAAGGACCUGAAGGAGCAGAUUUAG